AUGGCGGAGGCAGAGAUCAUCGCGAUCGCAGCCCCGAGCGAGCCGAUCCCGAAGAAGAAGAAGCGCCGUCGCCAGCGUCGCAAACCCAAGACGUCACCUGGCAAGCCAGCCCAAGCGAAGAAGCACGGCAAGAAGAAGCUCACCUUGAAGCGCGGCGCCGACGUCGUCCAACGACCAGCAUGCUGCCGUUGCAACAUUCUGCUGGCCAUUGGCGCAGAGACGACCAACGACGAAGCGAUCGUCAACGGCGCUGAGAUGGUCAACGCCGCCGCGUGCAAGGUUGCCCGCGCCUAG